AUGGAGCUACGGUUCGCGCUGCUGGUGUUGUUCCUGAGGCCCGCCGCGCCCGACCGUGACCUCGCUGUUGCAGUGAUCUCGCAACUGGACUCGGAGUACCGCCAUAUCAACGCGCAAGCCGCAGCGUUGACCUGGAGUCUCGCUGUUGAUCCUGGUUCGGUACCCUCCCGCGUGAUUACACGGGCGGCAGAGAGGCGCACUGCCUGGCGCAAUGCCUGGUGUGAACACGGCCGCGCUCUGAUGGAACUGGCACCGCGUCAGAUGUACCUCCUGUGUAGGGGGCCAAGGUACACACCACACCAAGCGAGCGAGCUGAACACUGUGUUGGGGUUGCUGCAGAAUACCUACUCGAACGCACGCGUGUGCCGCCGUGAUGUAUGCUACCGGGGAGAGCCCGACCUCGAGCGCCUGAUGGCCGAGUCACGUGACCCUGCCGAGUUACUGUGGGGUUGGCAGGAAUGGCGCCGUGCCGUGGGGCCCCCGUCCAGGCACCUGUACCCUGUCGUUGUAGGCCUUAUGAACCAGGCGGCCAGAAACAAUGAUUAUCGAGACAUCGGAGAAUGCUGGCGCGAGGAGCUGGAGACGCCGAAUCUGGAGCACGUAGUAGAGGAGCUGUAUCGCCAGGUGGAACCGCUGUACACACUAUUGCACGCCGUUGUUCGCUUCAGGCUGGCGCAGUUUUACGGGGAAGAAACUGUACCUCUAACUGGGCCCAUCCCUGCGCAUCUCCUAGGUAACAUGUGGGCACAGAACUGGGAGGCAUUGCUAGACUUGUUGCUGCCCGAUCAAAAGAUGAUGAAUCUGACCUCUGCCCUGCACGCACGGAACUAUACCACUGUCGACAUGGUACGUCACGCCGAGGACUUCUAUACGUCACUGGGUCUGGAGCGCAUGACACACAGCUUUUGGACGCACUCCCAGAUAGAGAGACCAGCUGACAACAAUGGUACUUGCCAUGGCACUGCUGCCAACAUGUACCAGUCAGGGGACUACAGGAUGCUGCUGUGUGCAGAAGUGAAUGCAGAAGACUUCUAUGUGAUUCACCACGAGAUGGGGCACGUGGAAUACUACAUGGCCUACAGGAACCAGCCCACUGUGUUCCAGGAAGGUGCCAAUUCAGCAUUCCAGGAGGCCGUGGGUGACUCAGUUAUGUAUGGUGUGGUGGCACCUCAACAUCUGCAGCGGCUCGGGCUCAUAAAUGACACAAGCCAGGAUAACGAUUUAGUGUUGCUACUGCGACAGGCCCUUUUCAAGUUGCCCCAGCUACCCUUUGGCCUGCUUGUGGACAAGUGGCGAUGGAGUGUGUUCAGGGGUGACACGCCGCCAGAACAAUACAACAUAGACUGGUGGGAGCUCAAGAGACACUACCAGGGAAUUGUGCCUCCCAUACCCCGUGCGGACGAUGACUUUGAUCCAGCUGCAAAGUUCCACAUUCCUGAUAACACACCUUACAUCAGGUAUUUCCUGAGUGACAUUUUACAGGUGCAAAUGUUUAAGGGCAUGUGUGAGGCAGCAGUGCUUGGCCGUGUUGGCACGGGGGAGGCACUGCCAAUGCCCCUCCACCGCUGCGACAUCUAUGGCUCUAAGCAAGCUGGCAAAAGACUCAGAGGAAUGAUGAGUAUGGGGAGCAGCCAACCUUGGGGCAAAGCACUCCAGAUCCUCACAGGAAAUAGCUAUUAUGAUGUCAAGCCAUUACUGCAGUACUAUGAGCCAAUAUAUCGCUGGCUACAAGCCCAGAUCCAGCGAUACAACAUACCCGUUGGAUGGGAAUAGGAUGUGUAUGUAUAUAUGCUGAUUGAAUACAAACAUCUG